GCAACUGCGGUUCUCAGCCGAGGUUUAAUAGUUGUUGUCAAGAGGAUCUCGGUGCUCUGUACCGGAGGGAUGCGGAGGUGAUGGGGACCUGGGGAGGGUUUCUUGGCGUCUCUGUGGAGCCCCUGGGCCAGACCCUGUAGUCAAGGCUGCAGGAUCUUCCUUCCGGCCCCAGCAGCUUUGGUGAGUCCACCAACUCUCCCGGCCUUGGGCUCCAGGGAAGAAAGGAGUCUUCUGCAAGAAAGCCCAAGCACUGAGGCCCAGCAAGAAGAUGCCAGCCCACCGGAGCUCUCAUGGGUCUUCCCUGGCCCUAACUACGGGGGAACCUGACAGCUCCUGCGAGGUGUCAGUGUCAUUCGAGGACGUGACCGUGGACUUCAGCAGGGAGGAGUGGCAGCACUUGGACUCUGCUCAGAGGCUCCUGUACCAGGACGUGAUGCUGGAGAACUACAGCCACCUCCUGUCGCUGGGGUAUGAAAUUCCCAAACCAGAGGUCAUCUUGAAGUUGGAGCAAGGAGAGGAGCCUUGGAUGUUGGAGAGAGAUACCCCACAUCGGCGCUGUUCAGAUGGAAAGUUUGGGAUUAAAACCUCACAAAAAAGAAUUUCUGCAAAGGUUUCAUUUCAUAGUGAAGUAGAGGGUGAAGAUACAAGAGAUGAUUCAUUGUAUUCCAUUUUAGAAGAACUGUGGCAAGAUACUGAACAGAUAAAAAGCUAUCAGGAAAAACAGAACAAGCCUCUGGGUCAUACUGCUUUCAUUAAUAAGAAAAUAUUGAACACAGAGUGGGAUUAUGAGUAUAAAGACAGUGGAAAAUUUGUUCAUCCAGGCCCAAAUUGUAUUCCUUCACAGAAAAGACUCCAUAAACGUGACUCAUUUGGAAAGAAUUUAAAGCAUAAUUUAGACUUACAAAUUCAUAGUAAAAGCAAUGCAACAAAGAACUUUGAUAAAAUUAUUGGACAUGAUCAAGUUUUCACCCAGAGUUCUUCUUUUACUAACCAUGAAAAUACACAGACAGCAGUGAAAUUCUGUGACAGCAAUCAGUGUGGAAAAGUCUUCAGCCUCAAACAAGCACUCAGUCACAAUCUGAAAUUUCCUGUUGGGGAGAAAUCAAAUAUGUGUACUGAAUUUGGGAAGAUCUUCACCCAAAGGUCGCACCUCUUUGCAUCUCAAAGAAUCCAUACUAUGGAAAAACCUCAUGAACUUAGUAAAUGUGUAAAUGUUUUUACACAGAAGCCACUACUCAGUAUUUAUUUGAGAGUUCAUAGAGAUGAAAAACUAUAUAUAUGUUCUGAAUGUGGGAAGGCAUUCAUCCAGAAUUCAGAAUUAAUUAUGCAUGAGAAAAUUCAUACUAGAGAAAAACCCUAUAAAUGUAGUGAAUGUGGAAAAUCAUUUUUCCAAGUAUCAUCUCUACUUAGGCAUCAGACAACCCAUACUGGAGAAAAACUUUAUGAAUGCAGUGAAUGUGGGAAAGGCUUCUCCCUGAACUCAGCCCUCAAUGUGCACCAGAAAAUUCAUACUGGAGAAAGACACCACAAGUGCAGUGAGUGUGGGAAGGCCUUUACGCAAAAGUCGACACUCAGAAUGCAUCAGAGAAUUCAUACAGGAGAGAGAUCCUACAUAUGUACUGAGUGUGGGCAGGCCUUCAUCCAAAAGGCACACUUGAUUGCACAUCAAAGAAUUCAUACUGGAGAGAAGCCUUAUGAAUGCAGUGACUGUGGGAAGUCUUUCCCAUCUAAGUCACAACUCCAGAUGCAUAAGCGAAUUCACACAGGAGAGAAACCCUAUAUAUGUACCGACUGUGGGAAGGCCUUCACCAACAGAUCAAAUCUCAAUACUCACCAGAAAUCUCACACCGGAGAGAAGUCCUAUAUAUGUGCUGAAUGUGGGAAGGCCUUCACAGACAGGUCAAAUUUCAAUAAACAUCAGACGAUUCAUACUGGAGAGAAACCCUAUGUUUGUGCUGAUUGUGGAAGGGCCUUCAUCCAGAAGUCAGAGUUAAUUACACAUCAGAGAAUUCAUACUACAGAGAAGCCUUAUAAGUGCUCUGACUGUGAGAAAUCCUUCUCCAAGAAACCCCAUCUCAAAGUACAUCAGCGAAUUCACACAGGAGAGAAACCAUAUAUAUGUGCAGAAUGUGGGAAAGCCUUCACUGACAGGUCAAAUUUCAAUAAGCAUCAGACAAUUCAUACUGGAGAUAAACCCUAUAAGUGUAGUGACUGUGGAAAGGGCUUCACUCAGAAAUCAGUUCUGAGUAUGCAUCGCAAUAUUCAUACAUGAAAGUUAUCCUGCUUCUUAAAAAUGAGAAAGCCUUAUCAUAGAAAUCAGAUUUCUGUGUAUUAUAAAAUUCAACCAAGACAGAUCCUAUAUGAGUACAUUGCAUAAUACAAAGCAUUCAUUAGGCUCUUUCACCUGAGAUGAGAAAAAUUAUUCAGAAGAGACCCUCUAUGAAUGCAUUGAAUGAAGGGAAAUUUCCAUGUUUGGAUGGCCUCACAAAAUAUAAUAGAAUUCAUACUGGGAAAAAUGCUGUCAGUUUGAUGCAUUAGGAAAAGCCUUCCUGUAGAAAGUAUUAUAAAGCAAGUUGUUACCAAAUGCUUUAUAGAUUGAGCAUGCAAAAUUAUAUAAAUGACAGUAAGGUUCACUGUGUUAUAGUAAGCGUUUUAAAGUGACAACAAAGCAAAAGGCAGAACCACAAAAUGAUAUAUUUGAUGUGCAAGACUUGCUCUGUUUGUAGUCAAACCCAUUGCACAAUGGGAGGAAUCACUGAAUUGAAAUUCUUUUUUUGGAGUUAAUGUAAUUAUGUCUAUCAAAUAUGUUUCCAACUGAAUAUUUCACUUACGUGAAUCCACAGUUUCAAGGUCAUUAUUAUUUUAUAUAUACACAUAUCUACAUAUAUAAUUUUACACAAAUGCAUAAAUAUAAUCCUGUCAUUUAUACUGGUUCCAUGACAUAUUUUUAUCUUCUUUCAUUGUGGUACAAUGCAAAAUAGCCACAGAUCUCUCCCAUCCCUUUAUGCACACCCCUGUGUAAUAUUACUCUGUUGUUUCUCUUAUUAAGAAGUGGAGCUCUCUCUCUACUCCUUGACUCUGAGCUUGGCCAUGUGACUUGCUUUGGCCAACAUACAUUAGCAAAGAAAUUCGAGAAGAUGCUGGAGAAGUGUGAAAAGCCUGCCUUGAGGCUUACCCUCUCUUGCUGCUCUUUGGAAUUCUGAGACCUUCAUUUGAAGAGGCUCAGAUUACUGGGGGAUGAGAAACCACGUGGAGCAGAGAUGAUCCAGCCCAGCAGAGGCCCCUUAGACCACAUGCCAGACCUAGAAGUGAGCCUUCCUCGACCUCCAGCCUCAGCCACACCAGCCCAUACCAGAAGAGCCAUGCCAUUUAUCCCAGCCAACCUGGAGAAUAAUGAGAUAAAUAAAAUGACUCUUGUUUUAAGCUACUAAGUUUUGGGGUAGUCUCUUGCAUAGCAAAUGCUCAGUAAUACCUAAAAGUGUAUGCCUGUUGAGGGUGUUGUAUCAAAACAUAAGACACGUGGCAUUAGCUUUGGGCCUGGGCCUCAGGUGGAGACUGGAAAAACAAUGAGGAAAACCAUAAGAAAGGCUGAAAAAGACGGCAGUCCAUGUUGUUUGGUAAGGAAAAAAAUAGCAAAACAGUCACCACGCUCUGUGAAAAGACAGAGAAUGUACCAAAUGAACUUACGGAUCUGGCUAAGGAAAUUUUCAGCAGAAGAUUGGAAGUAUCAGUGUGCUGCUUUUAGCUGCAUAUAAUACACAGAAAGAAAAAUAUGAAGUAAUAACUGUUCCAUUUUGCAAGCAGACUCCAGAAGAAA